AUGCAGCAAGAACGCGAUGAUGAAAACAAACGUAUCGAUGAUGAAACGGUUAAAAAGUGUCCUAAAUGUCUACAAAAUUACAUUCCAUCGAAGACCAAUUAUGGCAAUUGCCACUAUCACGAUGGAUUUAUCUUCGAUAUUGAUCAGAACACUCCGCUAAGCAACGAUCAAGCUCAAGCAAUCGCCCAGAAAGCAAAACUGCUGGCCAUUAGCGCUGGUAGCGGUGAACAUCCAAAGCCGCCAAAAUUAAUGUGGGCCUGUUGUUUGGGUUUGUACGGGACCGAUCCGCCAUGUCAAGUGGGUAUCUGCGGCUUGCCUGAAGAACUCAAAGGGCGUCCCAUCGAAAUGGGUCAAGAUCAGGUAGCACUCGUCCAACAACAUUUUAUGAACAAUCAUGCGGCUACGCAAAAGAUUCGAAAAUUUAUGGAGACGUAUAAGACACCGCCGACAACGACUCGAAUAACAAACACUACUCGGACACCAAUCUCUAUGUCGGUGCCCUUUUAUGCUUCCCAGAAAUGA